UUGUUACCAUAUUUAACAAAGUUAAUUUUCCAGCUUUAAAAUUUCGGAAAGCAUCGAUAACGAUAACAAGCGAACGCGUUUACCUGUGAUUGGCAGGGCUGCCAACUGUGAAAUAAUUGCAAUUAACUAAAUAUUAAAAACUAAUUAAACGAUCGGUUUUGCUAAAGUGCACAUUGAAUUUGGCCAAAAAUGAAUAUUGUACGCUUGGGCUGCACGCGUAGCAUGCUGAAAAAUCCAUUGUCCACGCAAUGGAAUCACAUAAUCAGGGCUACCGCAAUGACAGCUGUCAAUUGGAAUGCCCUCAACACCUUUAGAACGGCAACAGCGACGGGCACUCGAGAAAAUUUCGCCAUUUUGCAGCGUUUCAUUCCAGUUACUAACUCGAUACGCAACUAUUCGUGCAAAUCAAUCGGCAGCAGCAUGGAAGAGCAUUGUAUUGUGCCCGAUGUAAUAGCCAAGGCGCCCAAGGGCACGGCUUCCGUUGAAUAUGCCGGCGGCAUUAGCGUGCAGGCCGGCAAUGUGCUGACCCCCACCCAGGUCAAGGAUCAGCCGUGUGUCAAAUGGGAGGCGGAUUCCUCGAAACUUUACACGCUCUGCAUGACCGAUCCGGAUGCGCCCAGUCGCAAGGAUCCCAAGUUCCGGGAAUGGCAUCACUGGCUGGUCGGCAACAUACCCGGCAGCGAUGUGGCCAAGGGCGAGGUGCUCUCCGCCUACGUUGGCUCCGGUCCGCCGCCAGACACCGGCCUGCAUCGCUACAUCUUUCUGGUCUUCGAGCAGAAAUGCAAGCUGACCUUCGACGAGAAGCGUCUGCCCAACACCAGCGGCGACGGACGCGGCGGCUUCAAGACAGCCAAGUUCGCCGAGAAAUAUGAUCUGGGCAAUCCCGUGGCCGGCAACUUCUACCAGGCCGAGUACGAUGACUAUGUGCCCAUCCUGUACAAGCAGCUGGGCGCCUAAGCGCAACAGAUUCCCAUUUCCGCGACUUUUGUAUAGAUUACAUAAUCUGAGGCGAGGAAUUGAUUGUUUUUUUUUUAUUAAUUUGUAAUUGGAGAAAUAUUCGGAUCAUAAACAGAAGUCUGAUUGGCAAUAAAAUUGCGGCAGCUGCAUUUAAAUAA